CGUCAUUCUUCAGUCAUCAAUCUCACUUCCCUUUAUUUCUAUCUGCAAAACCCUAACCCUACGCCGGAUCUCUCGCCUUCUCUCUUCCCCCUUUUCCGCCUUAUUUCCUCCGCUUAGAUCGCUAAUGGCGAGCUCAACUGAGCCGACAGCUCUGAAAAGAGAGGAAGAGGAGGAGGACGAUUCGAAACCGUCGGCGGAGGACGAGGAUACCGGAGCUCAGAUUGCUCCGAUCGUUAAGCUCCAGGAAGUUGCCGUUACGACAGGCGAAGAGAAUGAAGACGUUCUCCUCGAUUUGAAAGCAAAGUUGUAUAGAUUCGACAAGGAAGCUAACCAAUGGAAAGAGAGGGGAGUAGGGAUGGUGAAGCUACUCAAGCAUAAGGAGACCAGCAAAAUUAGGCUUGUUAUGAGGCAGAACAAGACUCUCAAGAUCUGUGCAAACCAUCUUGUUCAACCCACAAUGACCGUACAAGAGCAUCAGGGGAACGACAAGUCCUGUGUGUGGCAUGCCGCUGAUUUUUCAGAUGGAGAGCUAAAGCAGGAGACAUUCUGUAUUCGUUUUGCCUCAGUGGAGAACUGCAAAUCUUUCAAAGACAAGAUUGAAGAAAUCACAGAGUCUCUGUCAAAGGUCAGUGUAGAAAGUGCAGAAGAAGCUGAUGCCGCAGCCAAUCUCAUUGAAAAGUUGAGCGUUGAAGAAAAAGCCAAAGAAGAGGAAACAGAGACAAAAGAAGAGGCGGCGCCCAAUGCAGAGAAGAAGGAUGAGACUGAGAAAAAAGAGGAAAAAUCUGGCGAUGACAAGUAGGGAACAAAACAUUGCGGUUUUCUCGUCCGAGUUUUUGUUGGCCGUGGUUGAGAUACAAUGAUAGAUCGAGUGAGUGAGGAAAAUCCCAAGAUCAGAACAGAACUAAAAUCAUGAAAACUAGUUUGUGGUUUUUUCGUAAUGUUGGUUUGUUUGCUGGUUUUGGUUGUGGUGUCAAUUGAUGUGUGUUUAUAGUUUUUAAGUUUGUGUUAUCCUUCUUGUCAUCUUUGUUGGUAUAUCGGUUGUGUAUUGCGAAACUUUUACAGGGUACUUUACCAUCGCUGCCUAUAUUUUGAACAUGGCCGUUGAUUAAAGUCUUUGAAUGCUUCCGCCUUUGUUA